AUGAAUCCGCCCGCAGCAGCCGCGUCCAUCGGCGGAGGCCACGCCGCGGCAGCCCCGGAGUACGCGCCGUACCCGAGGCUCUCCCCGGAGGAGGUGGCCCCGCCUCCACCCCCGCCUUAUCACGCUGCCACCGCCGCGCCGUCCGCCUACGGAGGCAACCCCUACAUCUCCUCCCCCGCCGGCGGCGCCGCCACCGCCCCGAAGAAUACGAUGGACUCCGUGAAGGACGUGCUCGGCAAGAUGGGGAAGAGGUUCGGCGAGGCGGCCCGCAAGACCGAGACCAUCACCGGCAACUUCUGGCAGCACUUGAAAACUGGACCAAGCAUUACUGAUGCAGCAAUGAGCAGGAUCUCCCAGGUCACUAAAGUCAUUGCAGAAGGUGGAUAUGAUAAAAUUUUCCAUCAAACUUUUGAGGUUGCCCCCGGUGAAAAGCUCAAGAAGCCAUAUGCAUGUUAUUUGUCAACCUCGGCUGGUCCUGUUAUGGGUGUGCUUUACCUGUCCAAUGUAAAACUGGCAUUCUGUAGUGAUAAUCCGCUUGCAUACCAGAUUGGAGACAAAACUGAGUGGAGCUACUACAAGGUGGUCAUCCCCUUUGCUCAACUGCGAUCAGUUAAUUCAUCAACAAGCAGAACAAAUGCAGCAGAGAAAUACAUUCAGGUGGUUUCUGUUGAUAACCAUGAGUUUUGGUUUAUGGGCUUCGUGUACUACGACAGUGCGCCAGGAUGUCUGAUUUCAGUAUAUUUUGCUUCAUGUAGUAACCAGCUGACAGACUCACAGACAUCAGCUGAAAUGUCGAGGGAAGGGCUAACUAUCAGGCCUGCUGCAUCAUCAAGCUCUAGCGAGAUUUCGCUCCAGAUUGACCCAAUCAAUGCUGAUUUGGAUGAUCAUAUCCUCGGACUGCGUGGACAAGUCCGCAAGCUGAGAGGAGUUGCUCAAGAGAUCCAAACAGAGGCCAAGUAUCAAAAUGAUUUCAUAUCUCAGUUGCAAAUGACUCUGUCGAAGGCCCAGGCUGGGGUCAAGAACAACAUGAGGAGAAUGAACCAAAGCAUCAUUCAGAAUGGUUCAAAUCAUCUUGUCCAUGUUGUCCUGUUUGCCCUUGGCUGCUUCUUUCUAGUGUACCUCGUAUCAAAAUUCUCACGGAGAUGA